AUGAAGCAGUUUGAUCACGGAAUUGUCGGUUUGCGAACCGAUCUUUCGCCUUCCGCCGUCGCUUCUUCUUCCUUAACUUUCACUGCUUCCAAAUCUGAAAACGAAGACUCUUUCUGGGGUGAUUAUACUGUAGACCUCUCCUUCUUAUCCUCCGAUGACCAGAGAAGUGGUCUUGAUGAUGAUGAUUCUCUAUCUAACUUGUCCCGCGAUGUGGAUACCACCAAAGGAGAGCUUUUUGAGAAAAAGUUAGUAGCUUGCUCUAUAUUGGCUGAUGAGUGUUCCAAAGUUGCUGGCGAUGACAAGUUGGAUCUGUCCUGUGCCAACAAAGCUGUCUUGUCUGAGAAACAAUCAACAUUGUCUGACCAAGAUGACUCUGAAGACACUCCUUGCUGGAUAGGACUAGAUUCUAGAUCUGUGACUUCCAGGCGCUCUAUUGAUGAUCUUUGUGGAUUUUAUAAGUUGAAUCCCUUGGCACCUCACUUUAUACCAUCCAAUUCUAAGAAGAAUAUCGAUACGAAUGGGAAAAGAGAUGGUGAAGAAGAGGGGAAUUCUUCAUCUUUGAAAAAGUCUUUGUCUUCGGAUUUUCCAUCAUCGUCAGGAGAGUUCAGCAUAACUGAUCCUCUUGAAGAUGGGAAAAAUGAUGCAGCAAGAAGAACGGUUAGCAUCCUCACCAACAAUGCAGAUGAAAAUCUCGGUUUCCUAUGUCAAGAUAGUCUUUCCAAGACUGUGAGCAUGUCAGAUUCUAGAAAUGAAUUCCAGACAACUAAAAAGUUGGAUCCUUUGGCUCCUGUUUUUGUUCCCGCUAGUGCGAAACUAAGUCCUUUGGUCCAUGAGAAGCAAGGAGCUUUUGAUACAAAUGCUCAUUCAACUCCUGCUCUACCUUCUCCAGAGAGUAUGUCGCUAAAUACGUUGGUAGAGACAUGUUCUGGAGAGGUUGGCCGCACUAUUAAGAUUCGAUAUCCUGAUGGCCUUAUUGAAUCAGGUUCGACAUCUUCAUACAAUCCCUGGUCUGAAUCCAAAGUUGGGAUUACUGGGGUUGCAAAACUAGGAAGCUCCAGCAACAACUCUCAUGGUCAGCGGAGAUUGAACCCAUUGGCCCAUCAGUUCUCUCUUGCUGACACUAAACCGAAAGCAUAUGGUUAUGAGAAAAACCAAGCUGCAGAUGAUUUGUCGCUAGAGGUGAAUACUGUAGCUUUAUCCCCUUCAAUUGGUUAUGGGGGCCACAAUGUAGUAGAUGCAGACUUAGCACAAUCCUCAGUAUAUGUGGAACAUCUCGUUCCCAACAUGUCUCGUGGAAGUUCUUCACUUAUAUCUUCAAAGACGGAUGGGUCUCUAAAUCGGUUUGGGGUGGAGCCAAACACUACACUUUCAGUAAAGGAUAGUAUGGAUUUUAAGCUUCCGCUUCCUUUUCAUAUUUUAGAAACUGCUUCUUCGAACGAUGUAAAACCUUUCUCUGGAUAUGGUCUAAAACAUAGCGCUUCUACAUCAUCCCCAUCUCCAAAAGUGGAUGUGAAGAAACUACUUACAACGAUGCAUGGACUGUCGGAGUUACUAACACUUGCACAUGGUUCAGGAUCUUCAGAUUCACCAAAUUCUCAAGAGCUUGAUCUCGUUAACAGUACUGUACAAAAUCUCAACUCGUACAUCAAAAUUAGCAUUCAGGAACAGGCUGGGACUCAGAGCAUCAUCCGACACAAUUCAUAUGAUCUAAAGCUGUCACCUAACAAGAGCAAGCUAUCGAUUAGAGACCUUCAGCUUCCAAGGACAAACAAUAUGACUGUCGACCUUGAUGUUAAAAGGAAAGAGAAAUACUCCAUGGUCUCAGGGGAAACGGUACCAGAUUCUCGUUUGUGUGAAUAUGUUGCAACCAAAGAUAACAACUUUGGUCAGGUUGUGAGCGGUUACCAACAGGAUCGUCAAGGCGAGGAGCAGAUUCACCCUCAUGCGCUAUUCUAUAAAAGUUUAUGGCUAAAGGCUGAAGCAGACAGGUGUUUGAUGGUAUACGAGACUUCUCUUUCGAACCCAACUUCUUGA